AUGGCUCCAUUGCCCUCUUCCUCGUCCCUCCUCUCUACGCUCAAUUCACGCGCAUCCGCACUCGCCGGCAGCCUCGCGCCACGAUCGCAACAUCUGCAAUCCCGCGACGAAACCUCCCUUCCAAAGCUCGCUACGAAAAUCUACGAUUUAAUACGAAGACAGAAUACCCCUAGCAUCAUACCGACGACAUAUGGCUCGAUCAACUCUGGCCCCUCGGCUGGAACAAUCGUCGGCAUUGUCCUGGGCUCUGUUGGAGGAUUCUUGAUCUGCCUUUGGCUGAUAUAUACUUGUUUGAACUUCGGCACUGUCUCCUCAGACUCCUCGUACACUGAAUCUGUCAUCGUGCGCGAACACCGGAAAUCCCGACAUGGAGGGUCGACGAGAUCGCGACGCGCGUCCGAGACCGUCGAGGUGAGGAGGGAGAGAAGUCCCAUUAGGAUCGUCAGACCGCCGGAGAGGGUGGAGCGAAUAAUUGUUGAGGAAAGGAGGGAGGAGAGAGUCGAGCGGAGUCGGAGUCGGAGUAGAGGGGGAAGUGAUGAAGUGGUUGUUAUCGAGGAACACAGCCCGCCAAGAAGAAAGAGUAAGAGUGUCAAGGAGGAUAGGCGUGAGAGCGGGUAUAGGACUGUUGAUCCUUUGGCAUUUGGUGGAGCUGUUGGGGGACGGAAGCCAAGCAGCAGGAGGGGGAGGUGA